AUGAAUCCAAUAACAUCUUUGGUAUAUUAUGAUGGUCAUUGGAAUGAAAAUAAUGUGUAUGAGAAUUUCAAAAUGCUGGGAGUGUUAAUACCAUUAGAUUGCUCAUUUACAACACUAAUGAAUAUCUUGUCUACAGAGUUGUCUACCAUUCUGUCAAUAGAAAAUGCAACAAUUGAGUACCAGAUUUUUGAAACAUUGCCUCCAUUGAAGAUCAAUAGUGAUAGCUCUAUACAAUUCUACUUGGAGUACAAAAGAAAUGACAGAACACUCACAAAAUACCCUUUGAUAGUUUCUGUAACAGAGAACAACCAAACAAUUACCUGUGGAGCACUUCAAAAGAUGAGUUCUACUGUUGCUUCAAGUAGUAAUAAUAUAGAGAAUGAUAUUUCAGACACAUCGACAUUCUCUAUAGAUGAACCUCAAGAAAUACCAAAUUUUAUUCAAUUGGCAGAUCAAAUUACAUAUUUGAUUUUGGAGAAGGAACGACAUGAAUCAAUUCCUGAACAUAUCGAAACAGAAACUACAGUUAUAACUCAUGCAAUUUCUGAUGGAAUAAGAGAAAAACAGUUCAAGGUCCACAAAUCUUGCAAAAAAGAAUAUCAGUUGAAGUGCCUUGAUUCAAAAUGUACGUGGUCAUUUCGUGCUGCAAGAUAUGGAAAGACAGAUAUGUUCCAACUUAAGAAGUUCAAUCGUGCCCACACAUGUUCCUUGGACAUUAUUCUUGGAGAUCACCGACAAGCUUCAAGUAGUAUGAUUGGGAAUGUUGUGAAGAGCAAGUUCACAGAUCCAAAAACAAAUUAUAGACCUAAAGAUAUAGCUAAAGACAUGUUGGACAGAUAUGGAGUUUCCAUGAGUUACCAAAAAGCAUGGCGAUCUAAGGAAAAAGCAGUUAAUUAUGUACAUGGUUCAAGUCAAGAUUCCUACCGAGACAUUCCACGAUAUCUGCACAUUUUGAAGCACAAAAAUCCAGGUACUGUAACAGAUUUGGAAAUUGAUAGUCUAAACAUAUUUAAAUAUCUUUUUAUGGCUAUGGGACAAUCAAUUCUAGGUUGGAAACAUUGCAUUCCAGUAAUUGUUGUUGAUGGAACAUUCCUAAAAGCUGCAUUUGGCGGUACACUUCUCACAGCUUCAACACAAGAUGCAAAUAGACACAUCUUCCCAUUGGCUUUUGCUAUAACAGAUUCUGAAAACAAUGAUUCAUGGGAGUGGUUCUUCAGAAAAAUAAAAGAAUGUUAUGGAGAAAGAGAAGAGUUAUGUAUAGUUUCAGAUAGACAUGAAAGCAUAUAG